GUUGACGCGGACGCGCGCACCCCAGCUCGAGAAGCUUUUUUUUUUUUUUUUUUCCAGCUAGACAUGGCGGCGGAACCUCAACCGGACUGGCUCUCCUGUCUUCCCCCUUUUUGGAGUUACGGUGUCACCCAGGAUGGACGUAUAUUCUUUAUCAACGAAGAAGCCAAGAGUACAACCUGGUUGCAGCCCGUAAGCGGAGAGGCUGUGAUAACAGGGCACAGAAAAACUCCAGAUUUACCAACAGGAUGGGAGGAAGGAUACACAUUUGAGGGCGCUCGCUGCUUCAUCAAUCACAAUGAGCGAAAGGUGACGUGUAAGCACCCUGUAUCAGGAGCUCCCUCCCAGGACAACUGCAUCUUCGUCGUGAAUGAACAUGUCAAAUAUGGAAAGCUUGUCCAUCCAGACAAGGCUGACACCAGGACAGCUCCGAAGACAGAGCAGGAAAAUAGCGGCAAUAAGAAGGAACGUCCCAUGAGCACCAUGAGCGAAGCGUCCAACUACACAGGUGGCUCGGACAACAGCAACUUCACCGGGAGCCCUGCCACCACUGUGACUCUCUCGUCUUCAUUCACACGGCCCUCAAGGUCUUCCAAAAAAGUUCACAACUUCGGUAAGAGGUCUAACUCCAUCAAAAGGAACAUCAAUACCCCAGUGGUCAAAAGCAACUGGCUUUAUAAACAGGACAGUACAGGCAUGAAGCUAUGGAAGAAGAGGUGGUUUGUUCUGUCGGACAUGUGCCUUUUCUACUACCGCGAUGAAAAAGAAGACAGCAUCCUGGGUAGUAUCCUGCUCCCGAGCUUUCACAUCUCCAUGUUGUCAGUGGAUGACCACAUCAGCAGAAAAUAUGCUUUUAAGGCUACUCACCCCAAUAUGAGGACAUACUAUUUCUGCACUGAUACAGCCAAAGAAAUGGAGUCCUGGAUGAAAGUCAUGACAGAUGCUGCCCUUGUCCAUGGUGGACCAGCCAAAAACUCAGCGCUGACAGCAGGGAAAUGCCCACAGAUAGACACGUCGGACAAGUUGAAAGUAGAUCAGCCAGCACCUCAGGAGUUGAACAAUGUAUUAAACAACAGACUCUUCAGCCGACCUGAGAUCCAGAACAAUGAACGAAAUCGUGAGCCUGUACGUCAACAUUCCUUAUCACGGACUGAUGCGAAACAACCGAAAGAUGCAGAUAAGCUCCACAGCGAGAAGGAACGACAGUACUAUACCUUACAGAAAGAUGGGGGGAGGUAUUGCUUAAAGCAAGACUGUGUGAGCUACAUGCUCCAAAAGGAUGGUGAGAAGUAUCUGCUGCAUAAGGGAGACGAAAAGUACAUGCUGCGAAAGGAUGGUGAAAAGUACUCCAUUCACAGGGACUUGGAAAAGUGCUCAGUUCAGAAAGUGGAUGACAAAUACAGAGCGACGCCAACAGAAGAAAACUGUAUACCAACCAAAGUUGGUGAUAAAUAUUUUCGGUCAAAAGAUGACGAGAAAUUUCUGCUGCAAAAAAUGGGAGUUACGCCCACCCUUGUGAACGAUACUCAGAAAUAUGUCCCUCAGAGGGAAGUGAGGAGGCAGCUUUCAUUAAAGGAGACACAGAGUAAAUAUGGAACAUUACAAAUUGUGGACAAGUAUAACACUUUGAAGGAAGUUAGGAAGUACAGCACACUCAGAGAAGGGGAUAAAUACGCUACCCUCAGAGACUUGGAAAAAUACGCUGCGCUUUGUCAUGGGGAUAAACACCGCUUCCAGCAAGAUCCCAGUGCAGCAUCGUCUCACACUAAAAUAAGCAACAUAAAGCUGCAGCCGGCCCAGGCAGCAGCUAUUGCAGCAGCGGUGUCUGCUUCCCGCCAGUGCCAGGCCGCCCUCACCUUGCCAAAGUCUGCGCAGGUAAAUGGAUCGGGGUCAGUUGACCACAAAAGCGACUGCAGCUCAGCAGCAGAAAACGAGAGCCAGGCAAGGGUUCCGGCUACUCCAGUUCAGGAACAAGAGAGAGGGUUGUCCAGACCCAAUUCCAUUCAGCAGGUGGAGCGUAUGGCUCGGACCCAAAAGGCCAAAGGGACAGAAGAGGACAGAAGUGUUUCAUCCUACCAGACCUUACCCAGAAACAUGCCCAGCCACCAUCCCCAGCUUGUACCCAGAUACCCUGAAGGCUACCGCACAUUACCCCGUAACAGCAUGAUGAGGCCUGACAGCAUCUCCAGUGUAGCAGGUUCAGUGUAUGAUCGGGCUCUUCGACCUGUCUCUACCAGCACUGUCACUACAGCGGAGAAGAGGAGGUCAAUGAGGGACGACACUAUGUGGCAGCUCUAUGAAUGGCAGCAGAGGCAGGCUUUCUCCAGGCAAAGUCUAGCUCAACCAGCAGGUCAUUAUGGGACCCUUCCGAGCAUAAAGACAAUGGGCAACAUAUCCGAACACGCUGCAGUACACUCCGUUCUCACCUCGCCAUCUCACGGAUCGUUAGCCCUCUACAACACACUGCCCCCUCCAAGCCAGCAAGGCGUUACCAAAACCAGCAGCUCCCACUCUGAGGUGUCUCCAGCGAUCUUUAGAGAAGACGGGACACUUGACCGUCUGCACAGGACACACCCUGCCAAGUUUGGAAGCACACUUGAUCGCCGUCCUGUGGUAGCCAGUGUUCCUCCUCAACCCAUUACAGCUCAGUCACUGCAAGGCAAAACGCCUGAGGAACUGACACUGAUGCUCAUCAAGCUCCGCCGGCAGCAGGCAGAGCUCAACAGCUUGCGGGAGCACACAGUAUCCCAACUAAUGGCCCUGGGAAUAGAGGGGCCCAACCCCAAGACUGAUGUUCUUUCCCAUCAUCUUCAGAGGAACCUUGUUUACCUGGACAACCAGAAAAAGGAGAAUGAGCCUCUUAUCUUCAUGAUUCACACUAUGAUCGAGAACUCGGCACCACGGCCGCAACUCUACCAGCAAAUCACUCCAGAUGAGUACCAAGACUGCCCUGCAAUCCAACCCACGGACGACAUUGAUACCAAACUGAGCAGGUUUUGUGAGCAGGACAAGGUAGUGAGGAUGCAAGAGGAAAAACUACAUCAACUACACAGAGAGAAGCACACUCUGGAGACAGCACUGCUCUCUGCCAGUCAGGAGUUAAGUGACCAGAGUAAUCCUAGUACUUCAGCCACACAAAGCCUCGUCCAGCAGAGAGAUGUGCUCCAAAAUGGCCUGCUUAGCACCUGCAGAGAACUUUCCAGAGUCACUACGGAGCUGGAGCGCUCAUGGAGGGAGUAUGAUAGGCUGGAGGGAGAUGUCACUUUGUCAAAGUCCAACCUACUGGAGGAGCUGGAAGCCCUGGGCAGCCCACAGACAGAGCCUCCAAGCGAGCAGCACAUUCAGAUCCAGAAGGAGCUGUGGAGAAUUCAGGAUGUGAUGGAGGCGCUGAGUAAAAAUAAGCCACAGCGCAGCACGGACAGUUGUUCUGAUUCCAAGCCACUCUCCAGCCUACAAAAGAAUGAGGCAGUGACACUGCUGCCACUCAGUCCUCUCAAGACGGGAAAUGGCGUUCCCCCCCGUCCACCUCUUCCACAGUACUACUAUUCAUCCGACCACCCCCCUCACAUGCCCUCCCACCAUCCGAACUCCAGCAGCCGCCUGCCUCCUUACACACAACGCCCCGAGGAUCGCAAAACCGGCUCUAGGAAUGCCGCGCACAGUCAAGGUCCAGACUAUCGGUUGUAUAAGAGCGAACCUGAGCUGACCACAGUCAAAGAGGAAGUGGAUGAAGUCAAUGUUGAGGACAAGGACAAAGACAAGAAUGAAACUGCUGCUGAGAAUGUUGACAUUGUAGCCUCAAAAGCAGUGCCCCUCUACCCAGUGGGCAUUGUUCCUCUGAGAACCAAAUCUCCUAUGAGCCCUCCUGAGUCCACGACAAUUGCCUCUUACGUCACCCUGAGGAAGACUAAAAAGCCUGAAUCCAGAUCAGCUCGUCCCAGAAGCGCACUAGUAGACCAGAUCGGCUAUGGGGAGAGAGAAGUGGGCCGACCCAGGAUGAGUGUGGAGGAGCAGAUGGAAAGGAUGAGAAGACACCAAGAAGCGUCAUCUCAACGAGAGAAGAGAAGAGAAGUCCUGUCCCGCUCGCAUUCAUUCAGCAAAGAUGACCCCUUUGUUGUGCUGCAGGUUCAGGCCCAUGCGGUGGGAACCUGUGCAGACCCUUUGGAGCUGGAAGCAGCCCUGAAGCAAGUGAAGAUGUUUCACAGUGAACAGAGCAGGACAGAAACUGAAGCUGUAUCUCGCGCAGAGGAAGUGCCUACUACAUCACAGGAGGUGUGUGAAGAAGCAUUGCAUGACAGGGGAAUUACUCUGCAGAGUGGAUAUUUGCUGCAAACUGAGACUAACAACACAGAAAAUGAGCUGUGUGAAGUGCAGACGGCAGUGAUUUUGGACCGGCACACUGAGACGCAGCAUGUGGAGAUAGUAAACCUUCACUCUUUUGAGGAUGAAAAAAGCAGAGAAGAUGUGACCAGCUCGCCAACAAAUAUCACCACUGAAAACAGCUUCCAGAGUUCUUAUCCGGAGAUGCCGAGCCCUGAGCCCAAAGAAGGGGAGUUAGAUGUGCUGCAACAGAAGGCCAGGGAGGAGAGCCUGGAGAAGCACCUAGAAUCCUACAACCAGCUACCAGCAAAUGACAAGAAACACAACAAUAACAACUUAUUGGCUUCACAAAUGUUCACUAUGCUGAGCAAUGACACGUGAGCAUCAACCUCGACAUCCACCACGGCAUCCCAUAAAGCCUGAAUGUAGCAAGUUGCAAAGAGCGUACUCCCCCCCCCCCCCCCCCCCCCCGGCUUCCUGCAUUUACAAGACCACUGCGAUGACACAAAAAGGAGACUGAAAAGUUGACUUCAAGCAGAGUCCGAGGCAGUCCUGAGACAUUAGGUGUCGUGUCUGUUUAGCUCCUCAUGUCCUGAUAUAGCCCAAAGUUUUUCUAUAUCAAAUUUUAUAUAUACAGUGUGUGUGUGUAUGUAUGUAUAUAUAUGGCUGUCAGUUACAUUUUUUUUAAUCAGAUUAAUCAGCCCUUUCAAUUAUGAUUAAUAGCAAUUGAUCACAGGUGCCAACUAUACCACACGCAGUACCAUAUUUUGCUCUGACACGGUAUUUGGAACUUGUUGUGCUUUGAGGAGAAGAGAAUUUAGCAUUGAACUAUAUGCAAAUUAUCUUUGGGUUUUUUUUUUUGUUUUUUUUUUCUCUCUCUCUUUUCCCAAAAGUCCCACUUUUGGAGCACAAUUUGCCGCCAAGCCCACCAGUCAGUCUCCUCUCUCGGCUUUUCACUGGUGUAAGCAUUGGCCUGAUCACUAACCUUAUAACAACCUGCGCCGGAUUUCAGAUUUCCAGAUUUUCCAGGUUUCGGUGGUCAAAAUAAAUUAAUGCAUGAUUAAAAGUGAUAAUUUUUGUGUGAUUAAUCAUGAGUUAACACUUUAACUUUGACAUCCCAUAUAUAUAUAUAUAUAUAUAGAGAGAGAGAGAGAGAGAGAUACACAAUAUAUAUAUACAUACACACACACAGGUGCAUCUCAAUAUCUCGGUGAACUUAGUUGAGUAGUUCAAUUUAAAAAAAACGAAUUUAAAAAAAAAAAAAAAAAAAGUGAACCUCAUAUUAUGUAGAGUGAAAAUGUUUUGAUUUGUUGAUGAUUAUAACUUAUAGGUAAUUGAAAGCCCCCCCCAAAAAAAAAUCCCCAUCCGGAUUUUACAUCAUAUCAAGACCAGUCAAAAAGGAUUUGUAAUGUAGAAAUUGGGAAGAAAUUGUUUCGAAUCUGUUUCAUGAAUCUGUAUAAUGCAAGUUUCACUUUUUGAAUUGAACGACUGAAACGCAAUGAAUUUGUAUUCAAUGUUCUAACUUUUGAUGCAGUAGUAUAUAUUAAUAUAUAUUGAUUGUUUCAAACUUUUAAUGCAUAAUUUCAUAAAAUAUACAAACGUUUGUAUGACUAUUAAAACUAAAUUAUAUUUGUCCAAUGCAGACAAAUGCAAAUGGCUUUUAAAGUCUUGUACGUUAGCUUUCUUUGUUUGAUUACUUUAUUGUGAAAGCUUCUGAACAAUUUUCUAACCGGUUUGCUGCUGAGCAGUUAGUGGUACAUAAGGUGUGGGCAUGUGACUAAAUUUCCUUGAUUGACUAUAGCUCAAUUAAUAUUUAUUAAUUUAUGAAUGAAUUAAGUGUAUGAAUGUUCUAAAAGUUCUACAUUAGUUUGUACGAAGACGUAUUAGAGCCACACUGGAAGAUGAAGAGGGGGAAAAAAAGCCACUUUCACAAAGUGACACGAUUCCUCAGGCAAGUUAUUAGAUGCCUGCCCCGGACCACCCCCUAGGCUCGCCCAUUUGCGCGCCACUGGUGUAAACUUGGGGCUUUUUGACUUUCUGCUCAGUUAGUACGUCUUCGGGUCUUGGCCGCAAAGUGAGUCGAGGGUAAAAGUGGACCUGAAACGAAGCCCUUGUUUUACAAUUCAAACGAGUUCGAUGAGUCAAAUGUCAUUUAAUAAUAGUAAUUAGAUUAUGUUUCUAACUGCAGCAAAAGUACAUUUUGAUAUACAGUCUUUCUUGAUAUAACUAUUAGAACUCGAAUAUAAAAUGAUUUACGGCAUUGGACAGCGUGAAGAGGGGAUAGUUGAUGUUGAAGUGUACAGCUGUAUUAUACUGUAUAUACUGGAGCAUUUGAGAAGUCUUAUGGUGAAUGGCAGCAAACUACAGUACAACACAUGCAGUGCUUUAUUUAAACUCCGAAGUGACCACCACUGGUUUCUGUUUGAACCUAAUGAUUUUUGAUUCAUCUGGAUUGACUCAAAAAUGUUUUAUUUUUUUGGGGUAGAUAUUUUCAGUCACUUUUUUUUUUUUUUUUUUUUUUUCUUCCCCUGUACCUUGAAAAAUAUGCUAUAAGGAAAAAGGUGGACAACCCGAAAUGGAAAAGAUUGUGAAUUAGUAUCCGUCCUAGCAGGUGGAGAAUCAAAGAAUAGCACAUGUACAAAGCAAUAAGUAAGGUUUAAGAACAUAACAGAAAUGAAAUAGAUGUACAAUCUGUAUAGAAAAGAAGAAUUUAUGUACACUUUAAAAAGAAAAGCAAAUAUAUUAUAGAGAUUAUUAUUAAUGUUAUUAGGUCCAAUAUGCAAAAAGUUCAUACCCCAUGUGUUUUAUAUUGUGGAAUAAAUGUUGAUGUUCAUACAAAA